AUGCACACGGUCACACUACUGCCGAACGUAAACAAAUUUUGUUUUAUUUACGGAAAUUGAGGAAAUUAAAAGAAAUAAGUAAACUAUUGACAUGAGCGACACUGAGGAGCCCAAGCCAGAGAGUUCCUCGAAAAUAGUCUUCAAGAAAUCCGGCCGAAAGAACCUGCGACAGCGCAAGAAUUCAGAUGACGAGGAGAAGGAGGAACAGCUUACCCUAGAUGAAAUCAAGGAGCGCCAGCGACUGAGACAACGGCCCAAUGGCGUCAGCUUGGUUGGACUGGCCCUGGGCAAGAAAAUUGCGCCCGAGGAGGAGCUGGCCAUCAAGGAUCCGUUUAAUGUCAAGACCGGCGGACUGGUCAAUAUGCAGCAGCUAAAGUCCGGCAAGGUGAAGGAGGUGGAGGAUGCCUACGAUGUGGGCAUUGGCACACAGUUCUCGGCUGAGACCAACAAGAGGGACGAGGACGAGGAAAUGAUGAAGUACAUAGAGCAGGAGCUGCAAAAGCGCAAGGGUGGGGCCUCGGAGGCAGCAGACGAUGGUGAUGGCGAUGUAAACAAGUACCUGACCCCUGAGGACGCGGCACUGUACGCCCUGCCCGACCACCUGAGGCAAUCUUCCUCGCACAGAUCCGAGGAGAUGUUGUCGAACCAAAUGCUCAACGGCAUUCCCGAGGUGGAUCUGGGCAUUCUGGCCAAGAUUCGGAAUAUAGAGGCCACGGAGGAUGCCAAGCAGAAGCUGCUGCAAGAUGCCAAGAACAAAAAGGACGGACCUUCGCAGUUUGUGCCCACCAACAUGGCGGUGAACUUUAUGCAGCACAACAGAUUCAACAUCGAGGAUAAUGGCGAUCAGAGGAGACGUAAAAGAGAGGAGCGCGAGGGCAACAAGUCUGCCCAGCAUCAAACCAAUCCAAAUGGUGUCAAGCGGGCAACAGAUGAUUACCAUUAUGACAAGUUUAGGAAGCAAUUUCGCAGAUAUUAAAAGCUACCACAAUAAAAAGUACUUUUUUGUUUAUAUAAGAAAUGAAU